CACGAGCACCUACGUCUGUCUGAUCGAGGACUGAACAACAAAUUAUUCUCUCCCUUUGGAAUAAAAAAGAAGGAAUCGACCUAGAAUAAGAUCUCAUUGAGAUGGCGACUAAUACAUCAGCAAAUUCGAGUUCAGGAUCAACAGGGCUCCUUCAGGGCAAGGUUGCCAUAGUAACCGGAGCAUCCAGUGGUAUUGGUAUUGGUAUCGCUUUGGAGCUAGCUAAAGCAGGAGCAUCCGUAAGCCUUGCCGCCAGAAGGGAGGAAAAGUUACAGGAUGUGAAGAAAGAGAUAGAAGAUGUAGGAGGGAAGGCAAUGUUUGUUAAGACGGAUGUCACAGUGAGGCAACAGGUCAAGGAUUUAAUAAAGAAGACUGAGGAAGAGUUUGGUCCAGUGGAUAUACUGGUCAACAAUGCUGGCAUUGGAUAUAUCACAUACAUGAAGAAUCUUCAUGAAGAUGCUUGGGAGAAAAUGGUUGAUGUUAACUGCAAAGGAGUGUUGAAUGGGAUAGGAGCGGUACUACCUGGGAUGAUGGAGAGGAAGAGAGGACACAUCGUUAAUAUAUCAUCCAAUGCAGGCAGAGCGGCCUUUCCAUUAUUUGCUGUGUACACUGGAACUAAAUUCUUUGUAGAGGGAGUGUCAAGGUCAUUACGUAUGGAGGUCAAAGAUCAAGGGAUCAAGGUCACAUGCAUUCAAGCGGGAGAUGUGAUUUCAGACUUUGGUGAUAUUUCUUUUGAUAAAGAGGCACUGGAGGCGUAUGGAGAUGUAGAUGAGAACAAAUGCAUGAAUCCAGAGGAUAUAGGUAGAGCUAUAGUCUAUGCAGCCUCUCAACCACAAGGUGUAGGUGUAAAUGAAAUCUUGAUAGAACCAACUAGAUCACCCUGUGUAUAGUAGAGUAUGGACUUCAUUAUAAAGGUCACCACUGCAUUUAAAACGAUCAGACUAUAACUAGAUAUUUUUUUUUUUAAUUACACAUGAAAUUUAAGAAAUUUAGGAGAUUCUUGCUAAAGAAUAUCCUUUCACGUCAUGUAAAUAACAUUUCAGGGGAGUGUUUCAUAAAGCUGUUCGUAAAGUUAUGCAUGACUUUACGAUUGACUUGUAUAUGAAGUGC